UGGCGCUGUUAAGGAAUGAUACAGUGCUUUUAGGACACGAAACCAAUGUUGGAGCUCAUCCAUGGGCGUCAUGUAAUUCCAGUCGUGUUGGCGGGUUAUGGCUAAAUCCAUUCCCGAUCUCCAUUAAUCCUUCCAAUGACGCAGUUUCGCGGCGUGGUCGCCGUUGCCGUUCGAAACCGUGGCCUUCAGUUUCAAUUCGGUCGCUUUUCGAUAAACGAACUCCCAAAGCGAUGGCAAAUGCGGAGAGGCACGAGCAGCAAAAACGACAAGAGGUGGAAGAGGAAGAGGAAGACUAUCGAGUGUUGACUUCAGUGAGAAGCAGUUAUAACGACAUCAUGAUUUUGGAUACUGCCGACUCAAGAGUCCUGCUUCUUGAUCAUUCUUAUAAUGUGCAUAGCAUUCUUUACAAGCAUAAGAAAUGGACUGAUUCCUACUGGGACGAGUUUGCUAGCUUGCCACCAAUUGUUCCAAAAGGUCCCAUUGCGAUCCUUGGAUUGGGUGGUGGAACUGCUGCUCAUUUGAUGCUUGAUUUGUGGCCUGAAUUACAGCUUGAAGGCUGGGAAAUUGAUCAAAUAUUGAUUGAUAAAGCAAGAGACUAUCUUGGGCUCUCUGAUCUUGAGAAGCAUACUGAAGCUGGCGGCAUACUUAACGUUCAUAUUGGUGAUGCCCUUUCUCCCUCGGUUAAUAUUUCUGGAGGUUAUGCUGGCCUUGUUGUUGACUUGUUUUCUGAUGGAGGGGUUUUGUCACAAUUAGAAGAGGUCGCUACUUGGUUGGAAAUGAAGAAGUGGUUGAUGCCUAAUGGUCGUAUCAUGGUGAAUUGCGGUGGCACUAGUGGAGGAUCUGAAGUUGAUCCUAGAAGUACAUCAAGUAAUGGCUCCUUGGUUCAGAAUUCUACAAUCAAGGCACUAUCUGAAGCUUUUGCUGGAGAAAUAUGCUGGAAGAGACUGGCAAAAGAAAACGGUGAAAAUCACCUUGCACUGACAGGACCUUUACCAGAUUUGGAUUCAUGGUCUACAAUGGUACCGUAUCCUCUGAGUACCAGAGUAAAGCAAUGGAAGCCAUACGGUGAGUUUUAGGCGAAGCCGAAGCUAGCUUGUCGCGUGCCUGCGAAACUACUUUCAUCGUCAAACUACAACUGAAGAAUGAGAACCUGAAGACUUG